AUGCGAGUUUUAUCCCUGUGGCUACUGGCGUUAAUGUUGCCCGUAGCGCUUGGCAUGUGCGAGCGUGGUCGGACGUGGUGGCAUCGGCAGAAGGGUCUUUGCCUGCCGUGCACCCGCUGCGACCCUCGCCGCCUCGCCGUCCGAUACCCCUGCGAACCACACAGAGACACUAUCUGCCAGCCACUAUAUGAAGUCCGGAUAUGGCCUUUCAGUACAGACAAUGACACGGAUUACGAAUAUUACGAUUACAGUGACGUGACUAGUGAUUACAGUGAUGUGAGUGAUGACACGUGGGAUAUUCAAACUUCAACGUUGACUUUGGCUGUUAGUGGUUGCGUUGUGUUCUUUGUUGUUGUCCUGACCUUAUCGCUUUAUCACGCUAAGCAGUGGCGCGUGCUCAAACAGGCCCUCAAGUCAGACGUACAAGACCUAUCAGCCAAGCUGAAGUUGGUGGAGGCCGGUGAGUCUCCUCGUGACCCUAUACCCGCUGGACAUAUAUACUGCAACAUACACGUCGGCAAAGAUGCUUUAAUGGGCACUACGACGAAGAAUUGUUUGGGGAAUGUCUACACACAAGAAAAACACACACCAUGA